ACUGCGAACAACCCACAAAACGGGCGCCCAUAUUUGUUCAUUGAGAGGUAAAAACCUAAAUUAACGCUUUCCUAAAAAAAAAAUUGACACACAAACAUGGUUCGUUUUUACUAAAGUGUCUUAGAAAUGUUUUUUAUUAUUUCAAAACCCGUGGUCACCCAGCACUUUUAUUUUAGUCUUGUUUGACCGUUUUAAGGGGUUUUAAACGUUUUAAAGGAAUGACGUCACGCCUAUCAACUCCCAGCAGCAGGGCGCGAAAUAACAGACAGACCCACUGAACCCGUGUGUAGCUUGGUGUAGCCAGUGUAGCUUUACUGAUUUCACUGUUUUUAGUGCCGCGAAUCCUGUUCCCUCACAUCGUAGGCGAAGAAUGGCCGAACCCGCUUCACCACCGAAACCUACCAGCGAUGCCGCCCCAGAAGGAGGCAAGGAGGCCCCCGUGGACGCGGCCAUGUUGCUUCUCCAAGGGAAGCGGCACCUGCUGGUGCAGGACUUCCCGAGCGCCGUGGCCAGCCUGCAGGAGGCAUGCCAGCUCCUGGGAGUGCUGUACGGCGAGACGGCGCCGCAGUGCGGGGAAGCCUACCUCUGUUACGGCAAGGCCCUGCUUGAGCUUGCCAGGCAGGAGACCGGAGUGCUGGGGAAUGCCCUGGAUUCGGAGGAGGAAGAGGAAGAAGAGGACGACGAGGAAGCAGAAGAGGGGGAGGGAGAAGGAAGUGGAGGGGAGGCAGCAGGAGGCGGCUCCGAAGGUAGCGAGAACAAAGCGGAGGUCCCCAAGUCCGACGCAGCCACGAAAGAGAAGGAAAAGACGGCUGAGGUUUCUUCUAGUGUCGAGGGCUCUGGGGGCGAGGGUAGCUCCUCGGUGGCAGAGGUGAUGGAAACUAGGGAGGUGAAGGGAGAGGGGGAGGGUCCCGCUGAAGCCGAGAAGGAGGAAGAUGCUGAAGAGGACCUUGAGAAGCCGGAGCCAGCGCUGAAGGAGGACAUUGAACCAAGCGAGCCCUGCCAGCCAGGGACAUCUUCUGGCACAUCUGCACCUGCACCCAAGGAGGAGGAGGAGGAAGUCUCGAAUCUCCAGCUGGCCUGGGAAGUGCUGGAACUGGCAAAGAUCAUCUUCGAAGGGCAGGCAAAGAAGGGGAGCCGGGAGGCACAGCUCAAGGUUGCCGACGUGCUGCUCAAGCUGGGCGAGAUCAGUCUGGAAUCGGACAACUGCGGGCAGGCAGUGGAGGACCUGGGCAAGUGCCUGUGCAUCCAGCAGGAGCUGCUGGACGCCGACAGUCGCCAGCUGGCCGAGACCCACUACCAGCGGGGCCUGGCACACUCCUUUGCGGGGCACUACCACGAGGCCGCAGACGACUUCCGCGCGGCUCUCGGCGCACUGGAGCUCCGCGUGGACAACCUCACCAAGCUGAUAGAAGAAGGCAAGGGGAAGGAGAGGACAGGGAGCCUGGACGACGACCCCAUCUGGAGGGCGGAGCGGGAAGUAGAAGACCUCAAGGGCCUCUUGCCUGAAGUGAGGGCCAAGAUGGAGGACACACAGGACAUGUUGCGGCAAGACUGCAAGGCCCUCAAGGACGCCACCAUCCAGAAGAUGAUGGACCGCGUACCCCCUGCGUCGCCAGUAAAGAAUGCUGCUUCGGGAUCUGAAGCGAGCCGUCCCGUGAACGUGAUCACCCAUCUGAUCAAGCGCAAGCGGACGAGUGACGAGGCACCGGCCGGCGAGAGCUCGAGCGCCGCGACGAAAAAACCGAAGCCGGAAGUGACCGAAACGAAUGGAGACAACCUAAGGUCAUCGCCUAUGGAAACGUCCGCAACGGAAAAGACGACCGCCUCGCCACUCAAGUCGGCCGCUGCUUCGUAACGGGCCAUUGAAGUACUACGACGGCUGGCACCGCUUGGAUUGAACUUGGCCGGGGGAGAGGGUCAUGUACAAAAACGCACGGUCAAGAGAGCGUUGUUUUGUAUGCAUGCUAACAUAAUAGUAGUCUCUUUUGCACUGUAUAAAUGUCAUUGUCUUGUACUUACAUAAUAAACCUUGCCCUACUUCA